AAUCGAGCUUCCACUGCAGCGCUGUGAGUGGCGGCGCGGCCUGCACCGGGGAAGAGCUAUGAAUUCACUAGAACAAGCCGAAGAUCUAAAGGCCUUUGAGAGGAGAUUGACAGAGUAUGUGUCCUGUCUGCAGCCAGCCACAGGCCGGUGGCGAAUGAUUUUGAUUGUAGUGUCAGUUUGCACAGCAACUGGAGCUUGGAACUGGUUAAUAGACCCAGACACUCAGAAGGUAUCUUUCUUUUCAUCUUUAUGGAACCAUCCGUUUUUCACCAUCAGCUGUGUCACUCUCAUCGGUCUAUUCUUUGCUGGAAUACAUAAGCGCGUUGUUGCGCCAUCAAUUAUUGCUGCACGCUGCCGGACAGUGCUCGCAGAAUACAACAUGUCCUGUGAUGAUACAGGGAAACUUAUUCUAAAGCCACGACCCCACAUCCAAUAGCAUCACGAGGACUGUAAGGAAUUUCAUAUUGAUCACCAUGUGGAUCGCCAACAAUACAGCACAAGAGGAGAUUACCAUCAAGAUCAAGAAUGGGGAAAUGAACUCCACGUCUCUUGAACUCCCGUUUCACCAUUCUGAAAUGUUUUGAGAAAAUCACUGUUGCUGCCGUUUUAGAAGCUGUACCUAUAAACAAAUAAUCCCUGGUGGCUAGAACUUUUACUUUCUCAAAGUGUGUGUUUCUAAUGCCACUCUCUUAUUUUAGAUGAAGUGUUCAAUGUUUGUUUUUUAAGCAAAUUGCCGUUGAACACAGUAAAUAUUAAACACAGAUCUCUUGUUCUGACAACUUGAGAGAUCCAGAAGAGACUGGAUUUGAGCAGUGGGUUUUAACACCAUAAAAAUAAUGUACAACUAAACCAUCUUUACAAAUAUCACAGUUCACUGGCUUUUUUUUUAUCAUAGAUGUUUCCUUGAAGUUGAUUUUAUUAGUGUAUGCAUUGUUUAAAAUUCUAUAUGUAUAACAUUUGCUGCUUUUGUUUCUAUAUUUGUAGGUUGUGAAAGCACUUUUGUGAAAUCAAAUAAUAAAAUGGCUUUCUUCAUUGUGA